UUCAAUCAGGAUGGAUUUAAGUGGGAGACAGAGGAGUCAGCAGCAGAGAAAUACACUGACUUCUCAAUAUUUUAUUUAUGACAUUCCCGCCAAAAUUAUGGAAGAGUUUUAUUUGCUGAUGGACACCUUGGCUACCGGAGUAUGGCGUCAGUUUGGCUCUCGCAUCAUCACUGACCAGACGGAAUUAAGGAACAUUGAAUCUUGUGGCCGAAAGCCCAGCAGCAAAACCAGAGAGCUGAUGUGGGCUUGGGGAAUGAAACAAGCCACUGUCCAACAGCUUCUGGACGUCCUGAAUGAGCUGCAGCUGUACAGAGCUGCCAGUGUAAUCAUGUCAUGGAAGCCUGAAGGUUCUUUCAUUGCUCAGUCUGCUUCCUCUCACAUACCUCUGCCAGAAACUGCCAAGAUGCUUCAGUCUUCAGUUACCUCCAGACCACUGAUGGAUUAUGUGGACUCAGAUAUCAAUGUACACAAGCUUGAUCUACUUCCUGGACCAUCGAGCCCUCCCAGUUACUUGAACUCCAAGCCGAACUGUGACAGACUUGAUAUACCAUCAGGGAUGGAUGAUAUUAACCACAGACCCCACCAGGAAACUAUUCAACCUGCCAAGAUACUCAGCUGCAUGUGGUCCUUGGUGGACUUGAAACAAGCCACUGAUAAUUUCAAUGAAAGUUUUAAGAUUGGUCAAGGUACAUUUGGCUGUGUCUACAAAGCCAACCGGUUUAAUACUGACUAUGCCAUAAAACUGUUAGAUAAGCUGCAAGACGUCAACUUGGAAACCGCUCGGGAAUUUUUUUGCAGAGAGGUUGAAAGUUUGUACCAGUAUCGGCACUCCAACAUUAUAGCUCUAGAAGGCUACUGUGCUGAAAACGAUUCUUACUGCCUGAUUUAUCAGUAUAUGUCCAAUGGCUCUCUUGAGAACAAGCUUCACUGCGAGAACCCUGCUGAUGUGAUUUUAUGGGAAGCACGUCUUAAGAUUGCAGUUGGAACAGCAAGGGCGAUACAAUAUCUGCAUCAGUGUGAUGUACCUCUAAUUCAUGGAAAUAUUAAAAGUUCAAAUAUCCUGCUAGAUGAAUAUCUUACACCAAAAUUGGGAGACUUUGGGCUGGUGAAAAUGGGACCUCUUAGCAAAGAUGCAAGUCAGAUCAACAGCCAUACCACAUUAAAGACCAAGACUUUACAGAGACAUCUAGCCUACUUACCAGAUGAGUUUGUACGACACAGGUGGCUGUCUGAAAAAAUUGAUACCUUCAGUUUUGGAAUAGUCCUUGCUGAAAUUCUGACUGGUAUGAAAGCGGUGGAUGAGAGCAGGCAACCAGCAUUUCUGAAAGAUUUCAUGUUGGGAGAACUGGAGGCAGAAAAGCAAAUGAAAAAUUGUGCAGAUCCAGAGAAAGUGGCAUUCAAAAUGUGUCAGAUGUAUCUGGAUCCAAAAGCUGGACUGCUUCCCCUUCAUUUUGCAGUUAGGUUUGCUGCAAUUGCCUGUCUGUGCAUCAAAAAGAAAAGACCCAAGAUGAAAGAGGUUUACUCUCUGCUGGAAAGUCUAGAGCAUGACCUUAAUCACUAUGAUGUGCACAGCCCUCCUGAGGAGACAGAUGAUGUUGCAUGCAAGCUAAAUCAAUUGGCCUUGUCUCCACUGGAAAAAAGGGAGAUCCUCUCUCCUUUUCUAGACCCUAAUAAUGGCAUUAAGUUUUCACUACCCCAAAGUCCAACCAUUUUCAAAGACUUAAAAGGAGACUCAGAACAGCCACCUGAUCCAGAAUUGCUUAAUGUACCAUGUGAAUCAGAUGAGUCUGACAUGUUUUCUUCCUACCCUGAGCUGGAAAACCCUUGCCAUUUGUCUUACAAAGCAAGCAACGUUAAGACAAAGUGUAUGUACAGUGAGUACACCUGUUGCUGUAACAAAUCUGAAGACAAUUCAAAAAUCAAAACAUCUGGUCGCAGGCCCAAGAAACAUUUUGUUCAAGAAUUAUCUCCACCAAGAUACAGGGUCUUAGAUAAACCUUAUGUUUCACAUGACUAUUCUAGUACUGCAUCAAACGGUGUUUGUGAAUUUGCUCCAUAUCCAAAAGGCAGGACAGCAAAUACUUUGAACCACGUUGGUGACAACGACAAAGACUGUUUGAAAAACUAUUGCUGUAGCUCUGAUGAUUCUCCUAUGCUGUCUCUUCAGAGCAGAGACAAAGCAAUAAUCAAUUCAGGAUCUGCAAAUUCAAAGACCCCCUCAAGAGAUCUUUCCUACUGGAAUUAUAACAUCAAUGAACUCUGUCAUGAAGCAUGUACUUCAGAGAAUCCUGUGGGAAAUUGCCCAGCAAUGCCCAAUGGCACGAGUCCAGAAGUAACAUCGUCUUCCUCAAGUAUUGAGAUCAAUCCUCACAAAAAGAAACUAGUAGAUAAAAUCAUUUUAUAUGAAGAGGAACAGAUCAAUACUACUGAACUCCUCUCGGCUCCCUUUGUAACUGAGGUGAUACAGUGUGGAGAAGGCCCUUCCAGCACUUCGAGCUGUGCAACCCCAGCAACCUCCAACAACACAGAAUUAACCCUAACUUAAUCAUGGGACAAUUUACAAGGACCAAUUAAUCUACCCGGCACAUCUUUGGACUGUGGGAGGAAAGCGGAUCACAUGGGGAAAACCUAUACUUCCAUGGGGAGGACUUACAGACGGCGCUGGAAUUAAACUCCGGUGCCCAGAGCUGUAAUAACAUCACACUAACUGCUAUGCUACCGUGGUGUACAAUGCUGUUGAAUGACUGAGUAAAAAUAAGUUGAUGAAACAGUUCAUUGCAUCAAAACUAUAUUAUAGCUUUGUAAAUUGUUUUAGUUCCAACUGAUCCAAAGUAGACUGAUUGCUUCCCAACCUUUUAUAAACUGAUCUGCACACGCUACAGCAGAAUGGCCUCUAAUUGACUAGAAAGUAGUUCCAGUUAAGCUUUCUUGGCAUAGUUAAUGUCUAUUUUAACAAAUUCUAUGACAAGGAUAUGCCAUGAAUCUCAAAUCACCACAGAUUUUGGUCAGGAGGAUAAAAAGAAACUUACCAUUAAUCUUUGCGUGAGUUUUGAAGAAAAACACUGCAUUUUGGCUAUUAUAACUAAUUAAAUUCAGAGAGUUGAGUUUGGUGUUUAACAAUGCAAAAACUUUUCUCAUAACUAAUUCUACAUUCUUGUAAAAUGAGUCAACCUCAGAGUGCCACAAAAAUAAUUGAAAUUGUGGAAUUGUCCUUCUGCAUGAAGUUUCUAAACAUCUUAAAUUAUAACUUUUUCAGUUUGGUCUUUCUUACCUAUCUUCCCCUCUGUUUUCUUAUCUAGCUUGUCCUGUUUUCAUCAGUUACUUUUUUAUUUUGUUCUUUGUCACUAAAUACACUUGGUUAAGAGAUAACUCAUGUUUCAUUUUACUCCUGGGUACCUUGUAAUUUUCUAACAGUGCCAAUAAUUUGCAGCUGCAAAAUCUUUUAGAGCAAAAGAAAUUAAAAAUAACAUAAUAGGGCAUAAUAAGGUUAAAAAAUAAACAUAAUAGGGUUUGAGGUGUGCUAUUCUGGGAAAUUCUGGAAGAUGCUGAUUAUCAGGCUGAAUUUUAAGAUUGUUGAUUCCUUUUAUAAGCUCAGGAUUUUGGAUACUGAUAUUAACCUCAGUAUGCUGCAAAAUUUUAUUUAAAUAAAUCAUAUGAAAUUCUUGUAAAAUAUUUUAUGUCAAUCUUUUAAUCAUAUUUAAAAGUAAGAUUAAUAAACUCAGCAAUGUUAGUUGAAAAUGUGCUUGUAAUGAGAGAACAGCAGAUUCCUGUUUUUAAAAAUUAAACUAUUAAAAAUAAACAAACUCGUGUUUUCUUUUUUUGUGUAAACAGAGGAUGUUAUAAGUGUGAGCAUGGGAAAGCACAAGAUAAUAUCUGUGAGUUAGAGCUUAGUUCACCAGAUCACAACAGCACCACCAAUACAACAGUUUUGAUAGUCCUAUCAGGGUGUAUUACUAGUUAAUAAAUUGCUAUAUUCAGACAGGUGUAGAAGAGUCAAAACAAUGAUUAUCACAUCAGUGGUUAGCAAUGAAUAGAUCUGAGGGUAAUGGGCCAGCAGGAGACGUACAGACGAAUCAGCAGUACUGAAGAUGUGGGUGAGAGUCCAUGCUUUGGGAUGAAGAGUCCUGGCCAAAACAUCUAGGCAAUGUCGAGCUUGGAAUUAAUUGAAAUGGGUCUAAACUAAGGGCUUGGCACAGAACCCAUAGUUCAGGAUCAGACAUUUUGGUUCACCAUGUCCAUGAUGACUAUCAUAAUCCCAUUUACCAGCAUUUAGUCUGUACUGAAUGCUUCUUAAAUUGUGAGAUUACCUGCUUCUGCCACUCAAGCAGUGCAUUCCAGAUUCAGUAAACAUUGUUUCUCAGAUUCCCUCUUAAUCUCUAACUCCUCAUCUUAAAUCUAUGUCCUUGCCUUACAUCUGCUAUGGGAUGAAGUCACUCUAAGCCACCCAUAAUUUUAUGUAUCUCUACUAGGCCAAACCCUAGCCUCCAUUUCUCCAGGGAAAACAAAUGUAGCCUGUCUGAUAUAUGCUCAUAAAAAAAUGUUGCAUCCUAGGCAAAUAUUGUGUACUUCUCCUCUACAACCUCAACUAAUCAUGUUCUUCCUAUAGUACAGUGACCAGAAAUGCACACAAUAUGUGGCCUAACCGAUGCUUUAAGUUGUAUAAAGACUGCCCUACUCUUAUAUUGCACCAACUAAUGAAGGCUAGUUUCCUGAAUGCUAUCUUCACUAUUCUAUCCUGUGGUCACCUUCAGAGAACUUUGGAUGCUUACCCAAAUCCUUUUGUUCUUCAAUACUCACUGGGUUCCUACCGUUCAUACUAUGCAGUAUGUCCUACCAUAUUAGCCACUCCUCCCCAUCCCACCACCUGCAAUUAAUGUAUAAUAAGCAAAGGUCACAGCACGUUUUAGAUCCACUUUGUCAACUUGCCUUGGAACCCGUUUGCUUUAGCCUUAGCCUGUGGAAACAAUUUGUCAUGGGGCACCUUCUGAAAGCCUUACUAAUGGCCGUUCCCAUCAAAAAUAAGUAUACCGUUUUGGAUACUGUUGGUGGGAUGACCUACCAGGAACAAGCUGCAGUGGUCCUGUCUCUGGCACUGAGGUUGGACCCUCGACUAGGAAGGGGAAGAGGGAAGAGAAGAGAGCGGUAUUGAUGGGGGAUUGUAUAGUCAGGGGGGCGGAUAGGAGAUUUUGUGGGGAAGAUUGGGAGUCUUGGAUGGUAUGUUGCUUCCCUGGGGCCGGGGUCCGAGACAUCUCAGAUCGGGUGCAGGUUAUUCUCGAGAGGGAGGGCAAGAAUCCAGAUGAUGUGGUCCAUGUAGGGACCAAUGACGUGGGUAAGAUGAGUGAGGGGGUCCUGCGUAGGGAGUUCAGGGAGUUAGGUGCGAAGCUGAAGAGCAGGACCUCCAGGGUAACAAUCUUAGGAUUGCUACCUGUGCCACGUGUGAGUGAGGCAAGGAACAGGAGGAUUAUAAAGAUUAAUAUGUGGCUGAGAGGAUGGUGCAGGAGGGAGAGCUUCAGGUUUGUAGAUAAUUGGGCUUUGUUCUGGGAAGGUGGGAUCUGUUCUGAAGGGACAGUUUACACCUGAACUGGAGCGGUACUAACAUUCUUGCAGGGAAGUUUGCUAGUGCUUCUUGGGGGGGGGUUAAACUAAAUUUGCAGGGUGCGGGGAUCCAGAAUGUGAGAGAGGAUAGGGAGGGGAAGAAUAAAGGACAGGUGGGGACUACACGGUUCUGGAAUAUUAAGUGUGUAGCAGAGAAAGGUGAGGCAGAACAAGUGAUAAGGAGGACACAUAUCCAGAGGGAUGGUCUGACGGAACAUGAAGUUAAAUGUGUUGAAAGAAUAAGUAAAUUUAAGAAGGACAACAAAAUUCUAGGGGCGUAUAGCCCAAUGAGAGUUCAGGGAGCUGGGUUAAGCGCAAUAGGCAGCGAUUCAAACAGAAGGAGGAGAAAUGGGCUAAAAAUUCUAUAUCUGAAUGCACGAAGUGUCAGAAAUAAGGCGGAUGAGCUUGAAGCUCAGGUGCGAAUGGGUAACUAUGCUGUUGUUGGGUUAAUGGAGACAUGGCUGCAGGGAGACCAGACCUGGGAAAUGAAUGUACAAGGGUAUACGUGCUAUCGUAGGGACAGAAAUGUGGGCAGAGGGGGUGGGGUGGCCCUGUUGGUGAGGAAUGAGAUUCAGUCCUUUGCAAGGGGGGACAUAGGGUCAGGAGAAGUAGAGUCUGUGUGGUUAGAACUGAGGAACAGUAAGGGCAAAAGGACCCAAAUGGGUGUUGUCUACAGGCCACCAAACAGUAGCAUGGAUAUUGGGUGCAAGUUGAAAAGGAGGUUAACAUUGGCAUGUGGCAAAGUUAAUGUCGCAGUAGUUAUGGGGGAUUUCAACAUGCAGGUGAACUGGGAGAAUCAGGCUAGUGCUGGACCACAGGAUAGGGAGUUUGUAGAGUGCCUACGGGAUGCAUUCUUGGAACAGCUUGUAUGAGGGCCGACCAGGGACAAGACUAUUCUGGAUUUAGUGUUAUGUAAUGAACAGGAUUUGAUAAGUGAUCUUGCAGUAAAGGAGCCAUUAGGAGGUAGUGAUCAUAAUAUGAUAAGUUUUUAUCUGCUAUUUGAGAAGGAUAAGGGCAGCUCGGAGGUGUCAGUGUUGCAAUUGAACAGGGGAAACUAUGGAGCCAUGAGGGAGGAGCUGGCCAAAGUUGACUGCAUGGAAAGCCUAGCAGAAAAGACAGUGGAACAGCAAUUGCAGGUAUUCUUGGAAAUAAUGCACAAGGUGCAAAAUCUGUUCAUCCCCCCCAGAGAAGGAAGGAUUCAAAGAGGGGAAAGGGGCCACAGUGGUUGACAGAGGAAGUCAGAGAUUGCAUAGCAUUAAAAAAAAGGAAGUAUGACAGAGCUAAGGUGAGUGGGAGGACAGAUGAUUGGGAAGUUUUUAAGGAACAACAGAACUUAACUAAAAAGGCAAUACGGGGAGAAAAAAUGAGGUACGAACGCAAGCUAGCCAGGAAUAUAAAGGAAGAUAUCAAAAGCUUUUUUAGGUAUGUGAAGAGAAAGAAGAUAGUUAAGAACAAUGUUGGGCCCUUGAAGAAUGAAUUGGGCGAAAUUGUUAUGGGAAAUAGAGAAAUGGCAGAAGAAUUUAAUGAGUACUUUAGAUCUGUUUUCACUAAGAAAGACACAAGCAAUCUCCCAGAUGUAUGGAUGGGCCAAGGACAUGGGGUAACAGAGGAAAUGAAACAGAUUGACAUUAGGAAGGAAACGGUGAUGAGUAGACUGAUGGGACUGAAGGCUGACAAAUCCCCAGGUCCAGAUGGUCUGCAUCCUAGAGUACUAAAGGAGGUGGCCCUGGAAAUUGUGGAUGCAUUGGUAAUCAUUUUCCAAUGUUCCUUAGAUUCAGGAUCAGUUCCUGAGGAUUGGAAAAUGGCUAAUGUUAUCCCACUUUUUAAGAAAGGAGGGAGGGAGAAAACAGAGAACUAUCGACCUGUCAGCCUGACAUCGGUGGUGGGGAAGAUGCUAGAGUCCAUUAUUAAGGAUGAAAUAGUGGCAUAUCUAGAUAGCAGUGAUAGGAUUGGGCCAAGCCAGCAUGGAUUUACCAAGGGUAAAUCAUGCUUGACUAAUCUGUUGGGAGUUUUUCGAGGAUGUAACCAGGAAGUUAGAUGGGGGAGAUCCAGUGGAUGUAGUGUACCUCGAUUUUCAGAAGGCAUUUGAUAAGGUCCCACAUAGGAGAUUGGUGGGUAAAAUCAAAGCUCAGGGCAUCGGGGGGAAGACAUUGACAUGGAUAGAAAACUGGUUGGCAGAUAGAAAGCAAAGGGUAGCGGUGAAUGGGUGUUUUUUGGAAUGGCAGGUGGUGACUAGUGGAGUGCCACAGGGCUCGGUAUUGGGACCACAGCUGUUUAUAAUUUACGUCAAUGAUUUAGAUGAAGGCAUUGAGAAUAACAUCAGCUAAUUUGCUGAUGAUACUAAGCUGGGUGGCAGUGUAACAUGUGAUGAGGAUGUUAGGAGAAUUCAGGGUGACUUGGAUAGGCUGGGUGAGUGGGCAGAUACUUGGCAGAUGACAUUUAAUGUGAAUAAGUGUGAGGUUAUCCACUUUGGGAGUAAGAACAGGAAGGCAGG